GUUUCCGUGCGUCCCAACCAAAUUCCGUAUGCGCUAACCCCUCCAAGAUGGAGGCACUUGGGGGUUACCGAACCAAGUCCUCGGCGCGGAAAGAGCGAACUUUAAAGAUAUUUUUUAGUUUAGCAGUCUGCAUGGGUGGGCUUUUUCUAGUCCAGCACAAACUCACCAGGCCAACAAAACCCAAAGAUUUCUAUUCCUUCGAAGUUCUGGAUGCCAAAGGCAGGAAAAUAUCAUUGGAGAAGUAUAGAGGCAAAGUCUCUUUAGUUGUAAACGUGGCGAGCCACUGUGAGCUGACCGAGAAGAACUACCAGGCCCUGCAGGAACUACAUCGCGAGCUCGGGACGUCGCACUUCAAUGUUCUGGGGUUUCCCUGCUCACAGUUCGGUAACACCGAACAAGGGACAAGCCGGGACAUCGAAGCUUGGACCAAAGCAGCAUACGGCGUCACGUUCCCAUUCUUUAGCAAGAUCAAAAUAUUGGGAUCUGAGGCCAACCCAGCCUUCAAAUUCCUCACAGAUUCUGUGCAGAAAGCACCAAAGUGGAACUUCUGGAAGUUUCUGGUGGGUCCUGACGGGCAGUUGGUGAAGUUCUGGAAAGCGGAGGAGCCUUUUGAUCAGAUACGGCAGGAGGUCACAGCACAAGUGCGCCAGAUCAUUCUGAAGAAGAGGCAGGAGCUGUAACACGUGCCUGAGUUACUCAUAGUUACUCAGCCAUGCACAUCUCAUGGAUAAGUAUUGGCUGGCCUGGUGCACACAUGAAGGACCACUGCUUCACAAACUCAGCGAAAUGCUGUUUGUUUCAGCCUCAGAGUAUAUGAUCCAGAGAGGGGGGAGUCGAUUGAUCUGUUCUGUACUUAAUAUAAUAGACUAUUUGCUGUUGGUCUUGAAUGUAUGGAAAAUAACAAAAGUAAGGUACUAAAGCCACUCAUAAACAGCGACAGAAUAUUGCACUCUCAACACAGUUAUAGGUCAGAUUUUUUUGUUGCUGUUGUUAUUGUUGAUUAAGAUGUCCCUGAAUCAAGUUGUGGCUGUAUGGAUUGUCAUUAAUUCAUGGUUUCAGAUUAUUAGAAAUUGUCUCCAUGUGUCUGACCUGUGAGAUAGGCUCAUGACUUUGAAUUUGCCAUAUAUAAGAGACUUAAUUGACAUUCCGAGGAAAAGUGCAGUAGGCUAGUAUCAUGUUUGACCAUUUUCUAUAAGUGCCUUCUAUUACUGUGAGAAAUAUCAGGGAGUAACUUGGAGUAUGAAAAUAAAUGUGCCCGAUAUUAUUAA